AGAAGAUUGAAAUGUCAAAUGAGAGUGGAACUAAAAAGCUAACAGGCUGGGAACUUUAUGAAGCUUUAGGUAGACCAAAAAAGAUUGUAGCUCCUAUGGUUGAUCAAUCUGAACUCGCUUGGAGAAUUCUCUCACGUAGAUAUGGUGCUACAUUGGCUUAUACACCUAUGAUAAAUGCUAAACAAUAUUCGCAACUGAAAACUGAUUCAAGUAAAAAGAUUUGGUUUGAUAAGAUCAACAAUGAAGAAGGUGCUGAUAAUCUUGAUAGACCAUUGAUUGUGCAAUUCGCUGCCAACGAUCCUAAAUUACUUUUAGAAUCAGCUAAAGACUUACAAGGUAAAUGUGAUGCUGUCGAUUUAAACCUCGGUUGUCCACAGCAUAUCGCUAGACGAGGUCGUUAUGGCUCCUGGUUACAGGAUGAAUGGGACUUGAUACAUAGUUUGAUUAACACGUUACAUGAAAAUCUUCAAGAUAUACCUGUUACAGCAAAGUUUAGAGUAUUUGAUGACGUCAAUCGUACAGUAGAGUAUGCAAAGCUUUUGGAAAGUGCAGGGGCCCAAAUAUUGACCGUACAUGGUCGCACUAGAGAAAUGAAAGGACAUAACACAGGACUUGCAGAUUGGGAGAAGAUUAAAGCAGUUAAAGAUGCAGUUAACGUCCCAGUAUUUGCUAAUGGUAACAUACUCUAUCAAGAAGAUAUCGAAAAAUGUCUUAAAGCAACAGGUUGUGAUGGUGUCAUGUCAGCAGAGGGUAAUUUGUACAACCCAGCAAUUUUUAGUGAGAAAGCUAGUCAUCCAUAUGUCGUCAAAGUUGCAAAGGAAUAUCUGGAUAUAGUGGAUUCAUUAAAGACGGAAACAUCAGUUAGUGCUCAAAAAGCUCAUCUAUUCAAAAUAUUCAAACCGUGUUUGAGCAAAUGGACAGAUUUACGUGAUAGGUUGGGCAAAGGACAGCCUAAGGAUUGGCGAGGAAUAGUUGAAGAGUUCGAAACGAGGAUAAAGUCGGAUGCAGAGUUCAAGAACGAAGAUGAACUUUCGGAUGUAAAAGAUUUAGAUGAACAAGGAUAUAGAACUGUACCAUACUUUUAUGCUCAACCAUAUCUGCGUCCAACCAAUGUAGAUAAUAUUGAGGUUGAACAGAAUAUCGACGUAAAACAACAGAUUGAAAACGAUAUAGUUCCACAAAGGGAGCAUCUAGCUGUGAAAGAGACACCCGUAUGUGUUGGUGAAAACUGUACAGCUGCAGCAUUUCAGAAAUGUACGCGUCAAGCUUGCUUAAGCUGCUGUAGAUUAUUUGGAAAAAACAUAGGUUGUGAAGUACACGAAGAAAAGCAAAAUAAACGUAAAGAAACCAGGGAAAUUAAGAAGCAAAAUUAUAGAGAGAGAAAAAAAGCUAGAAUAGGAAAGUAGAUUUUUCAUUAUCACCCGAUGAGGUAACUUCCUAAAUAAGCGGAUGAUUAAUUAUUACCUUAAACAUGUAUCUU